AUGAGCGGUUUCUCAGAGUCGAGCCCCAUGUGUUCGUCGGUGUCCGAAUCCGGUGGCUCCAGGGCGUCGGCGCGUUGCCUCACCGCGAUCCGAUCCUAUAUGGUCGCCAUGAAACAGCCUAGAGCAUCGAGCCUCAUAUGUUCGUCGGUCUACGAUUCCGGUGGCUCCAGGGCGUCGGCGCGUUACCACACCGCGAUCCGAUCCUAUAUGGUCGUCAUGAAACGGCCUAGAGAGUCGAGCCUCAUGUCUUCGUCGGUCUACGAUUCCGGAGGUUCCAGGGCGUCGGCGCGUUGCCUCACCGCGAUCCAAUCCUAUAUGGUCGCCAUGAAACAGCCUAGAGCAUCGAGCCUCAUAUGUUCGUCGGUCUACGAUUCCGGAGGUUCCAGGGCGUCGGCGCGUUACCACACCGCGAACCGAUCCCAUAUGGCCGCCAUGAAACAGCCUAGAGUCUCCGAUUCCGGUGGCUCCAGGGCGUCGGCGCGUUACCACACCGCGAUCCGGUCCCAUAUGGCUGCCAUGAAACAGCCUAGAGCAUCGAGUCUCAUAUGCUCGUCGGUAUCCGACUCGGAUGGCUCCAGGGCAUCGGCGCAUUACCACACCGCGAUCCGAUCCCAUAUUGCCGCCAUAAAACAGCCUAGAGGUCCCUAA